GAGAACAGAGGUGGUUUCAUUUAAGACCAGCGUAUGUCCAGAGAGCUGACCAGUACAGAGACCUCCCAAGACAGCCAUCACCAUCAAAAACCCAGUCGAAGCUGCGAGCUUUUCCGUUUUCUGUCAGGGUCACUGUGGAUGGCGUCCCAGGCCUUAUUGGAGCUGCAGCCCACUAACCAAAGCCAGCAGGCGUCUCCCAACAUCACCUCCUGCAAGGAUGCUCCAGAAGCCUGGGACCUGCUGUACAGGGUGCUGCCAGGAUUUGUCAUCACCAUCUGUUUCUUUGGCCUUCUGGGGAACCUUUCAGUACUGUCCUUCUUCCUCAUGCCUCGGCAUCGGCGGAGACAACACCGCUUGACCGUCGCCGAAAUCUACCUGGCUAACUUGGCAGCUUCUGAUCUGGUGUUCGUCCUGGGCCUACCCUUCUGGGCAGAGAACAUCUGGAACCGUUUCAACUGGCCCUUUGGCACUGAACUCUGUCGGGUGGUCAACGGGAUCAUCAAGGCCCAUCUGUUCAUCAGUAUCUUUCUGGUGGUGGCCAUCAGUCAGGACCGCUACCGGUCCCUGGUAUAUCCCAUGACCAGCCGAGGGUCCCGGCGGCGGCGGCAAGCCCGAACCACCUGUCUGCUCAUCUGGGUAGCAGGGGGCCUCUUGAGCAUCCCCACGUUCCUACUACGUUCCGUCAGAGUUGUCCCCGACUUGAACAUCUCUGCCUGCAUCCUGCUUUUCCCCCACGACGCCUGGCAUUUUGCAAGGAUGGUGGAGUUGAACAUUUUGGGUUUCUUCCUCCCAUUGAGUGCCAUCAUCUUCUUCAACUAUCACAUCCUGGCAUCCCUGAGAGGGCAGAAGGAGGCCAGCAGAACGAGGUGUGGGGGUCCCAAGGGCAGCAAGACGACGGGGCUGAUCUUCACUCUGGUGGUCUCCUUCCUGGUCUGCUGGGCUCCCUACCACUUCUUUGCCUUCCUGGAUUUCCUGGUCCAGGUGAAGGUAGUCCAGGACUGCUCCUGGAAGGAAUUCACGGACCUGGGCCUGCAGCUGGCCAACUUCUUUGCUUUCAUCAACAGCUGCCUGAACCCACUGAUUUAUGUCUUUGUGGGCCGGCUUUUAAAGACCAGGGUCUGGAAGCAUUAUAAGAGAUGCAGCCCUGGAAGCCUCGUGUCCAUAUCCCCCAAUAGGAAAGAACUCUUUCAGCUGUUCUGGCAGAACUGAAACAGCAGCCAGCCACGAAGCCUAGCUUCUAGACCUCUGAUACCAUACAGACCAUAUUGUCGGCUGACCCACCGUGGCCUACAAAGAUGCCCGGGGAAUGCUACUAACAGGGUAGCAGGGACCUUGCAGAUAUGAUUAAGCUAAGGAUCUGGAGAUGAAGCUGAUCCUGAAGUAUUUGGGGCAGGGGGAACAAAAUAAUCACGGGGUUCCUUUUAAGCAGAGACUUCAGAGGGCUGGACUAUGUGCAGACUGAAGCAGAGGUCAGAGUGAUGAGGAAGGGGCU